AUGAAACUUGCUCCUUUUUUCACGACGCUGCUGGCGACGGGAGACGCCUGGACAUGGAACAUUGGAGAUAUUAUCGGACGGGGUUCAAAGAACGCUGUUACUAAACACAGGGCGAAGAGAGCAAUCGAAGUUCCAUUCGAUGAAGUUAUCCAGUCAAACGGCAAUUGCAAAGCCGCUCGUCCCGAGCAAAAGCCGCGUCAUGUCCUAUUUGUAAUCGACUCAUCAAUUUGCAUCGAUAAAUUUCUUCCAUACGUCAAACGAACCGUAUCAACUCUUGUCGCCAAUAUUGACGCUCAAGGCGCCACAAACUACAAAUACUCUAUCUCCGUUUUUUCCAACAGCUUCGAGUAUGUUGGAGACAACAAGGUUUACACAAGUGAUGAGCUGUUGGCGGAGAAUGUGGCCGAAGAAAUUUCUUAUCUUGGACAAGGUGUUGACAUGAGAUUGGCACUAAACGAAGCGAAGUCUCACUUCCGAACAUACUCAAAUUCCGACGAAGAGGCUACUGUUGUGAUCAUUUCCAACGGAAAAUAUUCUCAGGAAGUACUUGGAAAUGGUAAGGAGUUCCUUGACGAGUACGAUACCUGGUUUGUCCCUUUGACCUACUGCGACGACGCCGACCGAGCAAAUCCCUUCCGUGACUGUCCAAACAAACUUGCUCUUCAAGAAUUUACCUCGCAAGAUCGAUCUGUUGAGUUUUAUGUCUACCCUGAAGACCUUUCUGGAACAAGAUUCCGAGAAAUGGCUCAAGAAAUGGUCGAAGAAGCUCCUGUGAUUGGCGAAACUGAUGAUGAGUGUCCUCCAGUAACCUAUGUCUGUGAUUUCGAAGUUGAUAUUCCAGAAAACCAUGACAAAGGGCUUCCUGGUAUUCGUGGUCCUCCUGGUGCCCCUGGCAAAGAUGGGGAAGAUGGCAGAGAAGGAGAAAGAGGUCGACCUGGUCGGCGUGGUGAACCUGGAGAGCCCGGUGAGCGAGGGCCUCAAGGUAACAGAGGUCAGCCAGGUAUUGAUGGUGCCGACGGAGAUGCUGGUCUACCUGGUCCAGCCGGUGAACAAGGUCCUGAGGGUCCAAGAGGACCAGUUGGACCCCUGGAGAACCAGGACAAGGACGUCGAGGUGAUCAAGGACCUGAAGGACCACCGGGACCGCGUGGACGAGAUGGGGAGCGAGGUGAACCCGGAAGAGAUGGACGGUCCUGACGGAGAAGCCGGAAAAGAAGGUCGACCUGGUCCUGACGGAAUCCCUGGAGAAAACGUUCGAGCUCCCGACGGAGGUCCAGGUCCUCAAGGACCUGAUGGUAUUCCUGGUCUUCCAGGCAUGCCUGGUAAAAAUGGCCUCGACGGUGCUGACGGAUUAGACGGCGAAUGCGGACCUCCAGGACCACCAGGUGCUGAUGGACCUGCUGGAGCACAAGGAGAACAAGGUCGCCAAGGUUCACCUGGACAGCGCGGACCAAACGGAAAAGAUGGUGCAAGAGGACCCGAAGGUUCUACUGGACCAAUGGGAGCUCCUGGCAAACCUGGUCCUGAUGGACCACAAGGACCUGCGGGUCCACGAGGACCAACUGUCAAUGGCCGCGAUGGCGUUCCUGGGCCCAAUGGUGCCCCAGGUCUACCUGGUCCAGAUGGUGAUGAUGGUGAAGACGGUGCCCCUGGACCUGACGGCCCGGUUGGAAAUCCUGGUCCCCGCGGUGCUACUGGAGCUGAUGGCAAACCCGGACCACAAGGUCGAAAGGGCCCGGAUGGAAAGCCCGGUCCUCAAGGCUUCCAAGGUCCACCCGGACCAAACAAGAAAGCCGACGUUGUUCUUCUCCGAAGUCUUGUCGAAAAGAUCGGCAAGCAGUUCCUCGCUGAUCAACUUUAG